UGUGACCCUUCAUCAUGGUGGACCUGUUCAGUGAUCGGGUCCUGGUGAAGAACAACAAGGACCAGGAUGAGCUGGACACAGAACGUGAGAUUGUGAUGCGCCUGCAGAACCGCAUCCUGAUGCUCUUCUUUGCAUCUGCUGCCUGUGAAAGCUGCCAGCAGUUUGCUCCCGCACUCACCGACUUCUUCAAACGGUUGACAGAUGAAUUCUAUGUGGAUCGCUCUGCUCAGCUGGUUCUCCUCUACAUUAGUUUGGAUGAGUCAGAGGAACAACAAGAAAGCUUCCUCAAAGAGCUUCCCAAGAAGUGCCUGUUCCUGGCCUAUGAGGACCCCUACAGGAGGGAGCUUGAGGCCAUGUUUAAUGUGGAGGAGCUGCCCACAGUGGUGGUGCUGCGUCCUGACUGCUCCAUCCUAACCCCUAAUGCAGUGGAGGAGAUACUCUGUCUCGGCCCAGACUGCUACCGCAACUGGCAGGAAGCGGCGGAGCUCAUCGACAGGAACUUCAUGAUCAACGAGGACUUUGAGGAGAAGUCCAUGCGCAGCUUCAGUGACCCCGUGAGAAGACUCAAGUACAAGGUGGAAGAUGAGAGGAGGAAGAAGAAGAAGAAAAAGCGCAGAGGAUGGGGCGAGGGUGGAGAUGCGGAGGUGGACGGAGGAGCGGAUGGAAAAGAAGAGGGAGGAGGUGGGUCAUGGUGAUGGGGACCAAGAACAAGAGGAUAAGACUGUGGACUCCCCCAAAAGUUGCCAUGAUUAGUGAUUAAAAGCAUUGCCACAGUGUUUCUACCGCCGCUGCCCACGUUGCACCGUUUUGUUUGGCCAGAUGAAACCCUCUCCACAAACACAGGCGGUUCUCAUCCUAUUCGUGGAGU